AUUAAAAGGUUUGCCAUUAUAGGAUCGAUGUCAACUAACAGGAUCUUCGGAAUGAAGCGUCUAGUGUACUGGUGCGCAGGAGGCCUUCUAUGUGUCAACUUUGUCCCACAUGCUCUGCCUUCCAUUAUCAGAUGGAGCUCAGAAGCUGACAGGAUUGAAGCACCAAUUGAACUAGUGGCUCAUGUUCGGAAGAUUGCUGCGUCUAUGGGUCUUUCGAACACUGAGAGAGUGCAGGUUUUCGUCAAUAGAGGAUUCUCCAGCUUGUGUGGGGGGUCUACAGCUCUGCCCAUGGGGGCUGUCAUUGGACUACCAAGAACAGUGCUCUUUAGAAGCCCAAAGGAUGUACAUAAGUGUGACAUAGCUGUGAAGGGAGAGCCAGUUGACUGGGAAUCAGAGGAGGGAGAGCAGCUGCUUAAGAUACUCCCUCCCUCUGCUAAACUCAUCAACUUCAGAAUAGCUCAUGAAGUUGCUCACUUGAAGAGCAAUGACUUUGUCUAUCACACUCUAUUAUCACCAGCUGUGCUGGUUUGUGGGUAUCACUUUGCUCUAUUUUUAUCCAAAUCUAUGUUUCCUGGUCGAAUAGUGGCAGCUUUCCCACUGUUGUUCUCUCUUGCACUCGUUGCACAAGUGCAGAUUUCAUCAACAAUUCAUCACUGGCAAGAGUACAGAGCUGACAAAAUGGCUGCUGUGUGUAGGCGGAGCUAUGCCGAGGGAGGAGCAGAGCUAAUGAGGAGAGGCAUGCAGCUGGAAUCAAUACUUAGGGAACCACCUAGCAGAUACUCACUGGAGAGAUUCACUGCCUCAUUCAAGAGUCACCCUUCGUACAGAGAUCGACUGGAACGCUUGAAUGACCUACUUGCAUUGAGUGGCAAUGACUAUGACUAUGUUGGAAGAUAGCUGAUUGUUUCUGUAUGCAUGCAAGUUAUAUCCAAAUUGGUAAUGAUCGUGUCACUCAUCA